AUGUCCAAGGAACACCUCGCGUAUCCUUUGGGAUCUGGGCGCUCCCGCAUCUCCCGGCACCGCGGAUUCCUCAGCGCUCCCAAAACUCCCGUGCUCGGGAUCAUCGGGGACAGGGUGGUCCUGCCCUGCCAGCUGGGAUCCGUGCCCAUUCCCGAGGAUUUCUCCAUCCAUUGGACAUUCCAUGUUGGCCAAUCCCAGCGGAUCCCCGUGGGCAGCUACGACGGGAAAGGCCGGAGGGAGGAGCCGGAUGAGCGGUACCGGGGCCGGGCAGAACUUUUCCAUGGGGAAUUCCGAACCGGGAACGUGUCCCUGCUCCUGAGGGACGUCCGGAGCUCCGACCAGGGGUCCUACAGCUGCCAGGUCUCCUUCCAGGAUGAAUCCCAGGAAGUGUUGGUGGAGCUGGAAGUGGCAGCCGUCGGAGAAGCUCCAUCCGUGAUCCUGCGGGGCCCCGAGAAGCGGGACCUGGGCCUGUCCUGCCGCGCCUCCGGCUGGUUCCCGCGGCCGGAGCUGCUCUGGCUGGACGGACGCGGCAACGUCCGGCGGGAGCCGGCGGCCACCACGGCCACCGUGACCCCCGGGGGCCUCUUCAGCGUCGAGGGCUCCGUGCGGAUCCGGCCGGGAUCCGACCUGGAGAUCUCCUGCCGGAUCCUCAACCGCCGGCUCAACGCCUCCCGCGCCUCCCGGAUCCGCAUCCACGACGCGUUCCUCCCCUCCAUCUCGCGGUGGCUGCAGAUUUUCCUGGCGGUUUUGUUCCUGAACUUGUUCCUGAUUUCUGUCAUUUUCUGCCUGCUCCACAGUGAGUGUGGGCCGGAAAAUCCCAAAUCCGCCGGAAUUGGGGAAAAUCCCAAAUCCCGCCAGGAUCUGGGGACAUCCCAAAUCCCGCCAGGAUCUGGGGACAUCCCGAAUCCACCUGAAUCCAAGAAAAUCCCAAAUCCCGACAGGAUCUGGGAAAAUCCCAAAUCCACCUAA